GAAUGAAAUUCUCAGCGAAACGUGUUUUGGAUUUGAAUUUACAAAAGUUUUGUUUGUUUUGAUCGCAAAGUUUUGUCGAUAAAAGUGUUGCAACUCUUGAAUGGCAGACAUGAAGAGUGAAGAAAGUGAAACAAACAAUCAUUUUGUGAAGAGUUCUUCAGUUUUGCAAAAUGUUUGUGACUUACAGUCGGAGACUUUUGACCCAAAGAUAUCAUUGAUGUCUUGUGACGAUCGAGUGAUAGUUCCGGUGACCAGUGCUCACACUUUCAAUAAUAUCGAUGAAUACUUUAACAAGAGUUUUGGCAAAUCAAAUGCAUUAAAGAGUUUAUUAUCAAAAAGUGACACAAAAUGUGAACCAAUUAUCAAAAGGACGCUUCAAAUUGAACCGAUUGUCACUAAACACAAACUCCGGGAAUUGCCAACAGUUUUGACUAAAAUGAAAUCAUCACUCAAUGGACCAAAUAGUUUGCUUCUAAAGUGUCUUAACAAUCGGAUAAAAGUAUUAAUUAGACGACGAAAAAGUGUUAAACUAUUUAAUGAAAGAUUUGGUUGGAUUUGUGGGCUUUUAGUUGCUUUCGAUAAACACCACAAUCUCUGUCUGACAGACGUCGACGAGAAAUACCAGAGAUUAUCACCAAAUAAUAAGACAAUAGAUGUCUGCAAUCAUUUCAAACAAGUGUUGAUUAGAGGAGAUAAUGUGGUUAUCAUUUGUUUUAAAUAA